AUUAAUAGUCAGGCAUGAAGGCAACCCAUCACAUUUCUAAUCGCAGACAGUAUGUGGUUGAAACAUAAGAUGUUCGUCUCGCUGUUAUGCUUCGCUGUUUUGUGUCCCUCAGUUUACGAUGCGGCCUCGGUAGUAGAAUGGUGCUAUCAUAAACCAACAUGCGAUUAUACCACCUGGCCGAAAAUUGCCUCACAGUACUGCAAUGGAUCAAAGCAAUCUCCCAUUAAUAUAGUAACUUCAGACGUUAAGGCAAAUCCCAACCUUACUUCAUUUAUCUUUACUGGUUUUGAUGACAACUCAACCUUCCUUUCAAUCGGAAAUGUUGGUGACUCAGUGGUAGUCAACCUGGAUUCUGAUGUAAUGAAAAUAAAAGGAGGUGACCUUCCAGGUACAUACACCACUGCACAAUUCCAUCUCCACUGGGGUAAUGGCACCUCAGUGAAUGGCUCUGAGCACACAGUGGAUGGCAAGCAAUACCCACUUGAGCUGCACAUUGUAAAUGUCCAUUCAAAGUACAACGGUAGUGUAAAAGCUGCAGUAACGGCUAAUGACCCAAGUGGAUUGGCUGUUCUGGGUUUCUUUAUUGAGGGAACAAAUGUAGCAAGCGGAUCAAAAAGCUGGGAAAUCCUAACAUCAUUUUUGUCAAACAUUACCAAUUCAGGUGAUACAACAGUAGACAUAAUGAACAAAAUUACAAUGGACAGUCUGCUUGAAGGCGUGAACAGGAGUAAAUAUUACCGCUAUGAGGGUUCCCUAACCACACCCAACUGUAAUGAAAUUGUGAUCUGGACAGUGUUUAAAGACACUAUCAAAGUCAACUAUGAGUUGAUCCGGCUCUUUAGCACAACUGUUAAUUUCAAAAACACAAGCCCAAACAUUUUUAUUACCAAAAAUUUUAGAGGAGUUCAAGGCAUGAAUGGUAGAAUUGUGACAUCACAGGUGACCUCUACAGCACCUUCAUCUGGAAUCGCAUCUACUUUCUGCAUUCUAAUGAAACUUUUCACAUUUUUGCUGACUAUGUUUGACUGAUAGAUUAAGAAUAUGCACAUAAUCUUAUGGUCUGGUUUAUUAUUUUUCCUAUAAACUGUGAUGGCUUUAUCAUGUGAAUUCAUUGUUCAUAAUGAUAUUAUGUGGUUUGACAUAUUGUUUGGUAAAACAAAACUUUAUUUAUUAUUUAAAAGUUAUUAAUGACAUUUAACUGAAUAUACUUAACGGUAUUUUUACUCAUUCUUUGUACAAUGCACAAUUUAAAUCAUGCAAAUGCAAAAUAUGCACAGUAACCUUAGAUCUGAAUCAUCUUUUAAAUACGUUAUAUCUAGUGUAAACAACUGAAAUCAUAGUCUCAUAAUGUUGAAAAAUGUAUUCAGCUUAUUUUGUAUCUGUUUGUUAAUAUCUAAUAUAAUAUGUAAUAACUAAUUGCACCUAAUC